AUGGUGGAUCCUUUGAUAAAAUAUCUGCUGACGCCGCUACCACAGCUGGGGGAGAAGUGUGGGUACGAUAGCUGUCCGGCAGUAAAAAAUGGAUGGAUUAAUGUUCACAUCGUACCACACUCCCACGCAGAGCUCGGCUACAUGAACACAUUCGACAGACACUACACUGGAAUUGACGAUUUUUAUGAUAAGAGCAAUUUAAAUAUGAGGAAAAUUUUGGAUUCGACUAUAAGUGAACUGUGGGCUGAUGAGAACAGAAAGUUUACGCUAUCAGACAGUGAACUGCCGUAUUUCUUUCAUUGGUGGUCUAGAAGACACGACACUGUUCGUCGCAUGGUGUACGAGCUGAUUAGACAAGGUCGGUUGAUGAUAGUUGGUGGUGGUUGGGGGAUGGCAGACGAAGCCUCUACAUAUUACCAGUCAAUUAUCGACAGCUAUACUUAUUCUUUGAGAAAAAUCAAUGCCACAUUCCUCUCGUGCGGUCGGCCGCUAGUUGCUUGGCAAGCGGACACAUUUGGUCAUUCACGGGAGUACGCAUCACUUAUGGCACAAAUGGGAUAUGACGGGCUGUUCAUAAACCCUAUAAGCUUUGACGAUGAGAUUAUCAGAAUGGCCAGGAAGGGGUUGGAAUUCAUUUGGCGAGGUAGCGAUGAUUUAGGACCGGAAACGGAUAUCUACACUCACAAACUCUUUGACGGCUACUGGUCACCACCAGGCUUUUGCUUCGACAGCAUGUGCGCUGAUCCACUGCUCAUCACAUCUGACACCACCUUCAAUAAUAUUGAUGAACGGGUAAAUCUCUUCAUAAAAUCUAUGCGAUAUCGUCAAGCUCCAAGUUAUAAUACGAACCACGUAAUGGUUAUGAUGGGCAAGAGGCUAGGGUACUUCGACGCGAAAAUAUGGUUUGAAAACAUUGAGAAACUGAUCGACUAUGUCAACAAAAAGACGUAUAAAAACGGAGAUAAAAUUCACGUUAUGUAUUCAACGCCCGCGUGUUAUUUGAAAUCUGUUUAUAAAGAAAACCCAGUUCUGGAAACAAAGCAGGACGACUUCUUCCCAUUGGCGUAUGAUAAAUACUCAUACUCAUCUGGUAUGUUUACAUCUCGUCCAACUUUCAAAUACUUCGUCAGGGAAGCUAAUAUAUUUUUACAGAUGGCUAAACAGCUACAAGUUUUGGGCAACUUGGGGAACAAUGAUGAUAUGUUCGAAGAAUUCAUGUGGAUAAUGGGUGUAUCACAAGAUCACAAUAUAAUUUCUGGCGCUAUGAGACCUUACGUACAUAGUUUUUAUACGGAGAAAUUAUAUCUUGCGUUACAAAGGUCUACUUUAUUGAUAGAAGAGGCGUUCAAACUUUGCUGCUACUUAGAAUUUCUCGACAGUACAUUUCCUUUGCAAUUUCAGAUAAUUGUAUACAACCCCUUGGCUUGGUCUGUUACCAUGCCAGUUAGAUUACCAAUUUUGAAUAAGAUGUACGACGUUUUUGAUCCAGAAGGAGUUAAAGUAAAAGCUGUUGCCAUGAAAAUACCAGAACACGUCAUGAAAAUACCUAACAGACAGAGUAACGCUGUUAACGAACUGGUGUUCAUUGCAAAACUGCCAGCGUUAGGUUUCAAAUCGUUCUUCAUAGAAGAAGCAGACACGUUCCGACAGAAGAAAUCAUUAAUUAAGAAAAUAAACAGGAACACGCAAAGGAAAUAUUUCAAAAGACAAAUAUCGAAGGACAACCAGACUCCUGAAACUGAAGUGGAUACUGAAAGUAGUGACGAUAGAACAAAAUCUUAUUACAAUGAAGUUACAACUGAUUCGACGUUGAUUAAGGAUAAAAUAAACGAUGAUAAUGUAUUUUAUAAUGAUGUAGGCAAAGAUUCAUAUUAUUUUAAAGAAUCUAGUGACAGCUUUAUAAGAAAUAAGUACAUCCAGAUUAACCUCAAUGAAUAUCGGAAGGUAUCCAGUUUAAAUCUUUCAAAUGCUGUCAACAUAACCUUAGAUUUACAAUUUUAUUUCUACGUCUCCGACGAUCCUAUACAACUUAAUACUACUAAGAGGAGUCCUGGGGCUUACAUUUUUCGACCUAUGGACAAUCAACCGGAACCGAUCAUAGACAACUUCGAAACGAAAAUAUACAAAAGCUAUAUAUUACAAGAAAUUCAUAGCAGAUAUUCGGAUUACGCUUCCUUUGUAUUGAGGUUAUAUAAAGACAGUCCUGUGGUUGAAGUCGAUUGGAUUGUUGGUCCAGUACCAGUCAGUGAUAAUUUGGGCAAAGAUGUUUUCAUAAGAUAUAUGACGGAUUUAGAAAACAAUGGAGUUUUAUAUACAGAUUCCAAUGGAAGACAGAUGGUCAAAAGAAUAAGGAAUAAGAGAGCGUUGUAUGAACCGUAUAAUUUUGAUCCAGUUGCAGGUAAUUUUUAUCCGGUUACAUCGAGAAUUUACAUCGAAGACAUAAAGAAAAACUUGCGUUUCUCGAUUUUCAACGAUCGUUCUCAAGGCGGCGCUUGCCUUCAAGACGGAUCCAUAGAUUUAAUGAUUCAUAGACGAAUUUUAACAGAUGAUAGCGAUGUACAAACGUAUUUAAAUGAAACUGAAAAUGACGAUGGAAUCAUGGUUAGAGGAACACACUAUUUAUAUCUAACGAAAGCAGAUUAUAAACAAAAUCGAUUAUUCGAGAAGAAAUUUAUGAAGGAGACUGAAUUAAAACCACAGAUAAUAAUAUCUAGAAUAUCUCAAACGACAGCUAAAAAAGAAUGGAUUAGUUAUAAGAAUGAAUUUUCGGCUUUAAAAAAUAAAUUGCCUUUUGGAAUUCAUAUUUUGACAUUAGAACAAUGGGAUAAAGGCACACUAUUACUGCGCUUAGAGAACUAUUUAGAAAAGAUUGACGUUGUUUUGAACAAGACUAAGAAGGUGUUUUUGAGAGAUUUAUUUAAAACUGUCAAAUUAAAAAAAGUGAUCGAGACAAACUUAUCAGCGAAUAUUAACUUAAAAGAUUGGGUUCCUCUAUAUUGGAGUACAAACGGGAGUUUUCUUAAGAAUUUUAACGCAUACUAUGGUAAUGAGAAAACUGAAUACAGUCAUGAUGUCUUGAGCUCACUUGAUGACGUUGACGUAAAUAAAGAGAUCACUUUAGUUCCGCAGCAAAUACGAACGUUUAUAAUUGAAUUUGUAUAUCCUGUUACGCGCUGCACAAACGAGGAUACUUUUGUAUCAGUUACAAGCUACGUUUGA